AGAGAAAGUUUCCAUCGAAGCUCCCUGCUCGAUAGACACAUUGGCACUUUCGGAUUGCAAGCACUGCUCCAAACUUGAGGUGCAUGUGAAGAUCAACAGUGACCCCAACUUCCUCCGGGUGUCAACAGCUUCCCACUUUUUCCUACUUGAAUACAUUGUUCAUGAGAAUCGAAUGCUGGGAUAGCGCGAUUUGUUCUCUUGUUGCUGAAUACAUAGCAACCACAUCUAAGCUCCCAAUGCUCCAUAUGCAGUUCUGUAGGCCAUUUGUUCCGCCCGAAUCAGUCAAAUGGUGGCUAGCUGUUUCACAAUCGCUACUUUUCAACAGAAGCAUCACUGAACUCGGCAUUGGUGUUGAUGUCAUAGGCGAAGAUGUCAUAUUCCUGGCCGAUGCUGUAAUCCAGGGCGCAGCGAUCCGAAAGAAUCGCUUAUUGUAUUUGCCUGCAUCUCCAUAUCGCUGCUUGAUUCGUCGUCUACGCGCCGGCAUAUUCAAGAACCGCACGCUGUGCAGCGCCACCACCGGGGACUUUCACGAAAGGAAUUAUGAUGAGUGGGCCGACGACUGGUUCGCCGUGUGCGACACAGCGCGGCGGAACUCUGGAUGCGUGGCACGAGCAGCUCAAUUCCUGAACCACGCACGGUGCGACCGGUUAUGCGCCGCAGGUUUGGACCGAGUCUCCCGUCACCCAGCCCUCGUGGCAGAGCUCGCCGAAGUGUUGUCCAUCGACAAGGUCGAGGCAGCUCGCGUGGUCCGACAAAAGUGGCGGUGCAUCGAGGGUCUUCACGACUUCAUGCGACUGGCCGGGGUCGUCAAGGAGCAGGUCACGUGUCUGCCACGUCAGGACGGGCGCACGCAACUGGACGGCCUUAACCAAGACUGCUGGGCCCACGUGAGACGCUACCUGGAGCUGGAUGACGUAGCAUAUGGGACUGCCCCUCACCGCCGCACCUGACGUCGAGUUUUCGUUGCCACCUGAGCCACAGCUUGAAAAGCCUGCAACGCUAGCGCACAAUAUCCAGUGAAAGAGUUCAGUUGUUUCGUUCGACUACUAUUAUAGGAGCACUUCUUAAUGCGUGCAAACUCUUUUGUGAUUCGUGCUAUUUUUCUUCGAUAAUCGAUAGCACUUCUGUUCUCUUUGAUAUAUUAAUCUUGAACGUGGCUCACGCGUAAAUUGCGCGUGCUUUGAGUUUAAAAGUAUGGAUUCCUAAUACUGUCUGAACUUGUGUUCUUGUUGAUGUUUCUAGCCCUGUAAAAUUAUACUAUUUUUGUCUCUACAUUUUUGCCUUUUCUCUUAUAUAUUUUUAGCGUACCUCGUUCUUGUGGAGAACAAAGCUCCUUGCUCUGUUUGCACUUUAGGUAUUACGGCGUGUACUAUGACUGUAGCAAGGUAGACAGUUGGGCUAGUUGCUGAGGUCCCAUGGUCAAGCACGGGAACGCAAAGAAAGCACGUACGAAGCCGAAAAAAAGGACAACACGAGUGCUCGUGGUUAGUUGCGAAAAAGCGCACUUGUCCAUUUCUUCGGCUUCGUAUGUGUCGUUCGCGGCCCCCUACUUCACCAUGCGUACUAUAACAUUUAGAGCUCGAAUAUUUGCACUUCUACCUAGGCCUAUAGCAAAGGCAGACCGAAGAAAGCAUUCGGUGAAGCAUUACGUCCUGUCUUUUCUCAUGUGGGUUGCAGAAGUGAAACUAUGUGUACUUUUAUUCUCGUGAACUGGCAGGGCUUAGGUGUUCAUCUGCUUCGCUGUAUUUCAAGCAAGCUCCUGCCAUUUGUGUCCGAUUAAUCGAGACUCGCCAGAGGCGGUUUCUUAUUCAUGUCCGUUUGAGUUUUCAGCUGGUUGCCAUUAUACACUGGCUAUAAGAGCAUCAGUAUCAAUAAGGUAAUAGGUGCACGCAGCAGAUGGUUUACGUUUAGUCUGCUUUAUCUAGUAUCUUUUUGUUGCAACUAAAAGUUCAUGUGUCAUGUGGAUAAGGAUCUUGAAAGCGUCAAACCUCUCAUGGUUAACAUACUUCAUAAGUAGUUUGUUGAGCAAUAAUUCUCGUCACAAACUUUUGUGCCGCUUUGAAAUGCGUAAUCACUCUCCGACAUUGCAAAAGAUUCCCUAUCCAUUUCCCGGU